AAAAAGAAGAAGACGGUGUGCAUGUGUUGUUCAUUUCCUUUUAUCAUCUUCAUCAUCAUCUUUCCUAGAGAGAGAAAAAAAACUCAAUAAAACUCUCUUAAAUUUCAUCUUCUCCUCAAAAAUUUCAUUUCUAUAGAGUUGUGUACAAUAUUCUUAUUUAAUUUUGGUCAAAAUUAUGAGGGCAGGUUUGAGUACGAUUCAACAAACGUUAACGGCAGAGGCAGCAGCCGUACUAAACCACUCAAUAUCCGAAGCCGGUCGGCGUAACCAUGGUCAAACGACGCCGUUACACGUGGCAGCAACCUUACUCUCUUCACCCACCGGAUUUCUCCGUCAAGCCUGUAUCCGUUCACACCCUAAUUCAUCUCACCCGCUCCAGUGCAGAGCGUUGGAGCUUUGCUUCAGCGUCGCGCUGGAGCGGUUACCUACUGCACAAAAUAUGCCAUCGGGGACUGAGCCCCCGAUUUCUAAUGCGCUUAUGGCCGCUUUAAAGCGGGCACAAGCGCAUCAACGUAGAGGUUGUCCUGAACAACAACAACAGCCGCUUUUAGCUGUUAAAGUUGAAUUAGAACAAUUGAUUAUAUCUAUUCUAGAUGAUCCUAGUGUGAGUCGUGUUAUGCGUGAGGCUAGUUUUUCUAGCCCAGCUGUUAAGGCAACAAUUGAACAAUCGUUGACACAAUCUGUGUCGACCGNAGUGAAAAGGGUGUUGGAAAUUUUGUUGAGAAGUAAGAAAAGGAACCCGGUUUUAGUUGGGGAAAGAGAGCCGGAAAGUGUGGUGAAAGAGGUUUUAAGGAAGAUUGAGAAAGGGGAAUUGGGAGAAGGGGUUUUGAAGAAUUUACAAAUUGUUCAAAUGGAGAAGGAAUUAGAUAAAAACGAGAUAGUGAACAAGAUUAAGGAAUUGGUAGGGAUAAUUGAGGGGAAAAUUAGUAGUGGUGGAGUGAUUCUUGAUUUGGGCGAUUUGAAAUGGCUGGUUGAGCAACAGCAGCAACAACCAGCUAUGGUUUCUGAGAUUGGAAAAGCAGCAGUGGCUGAAAUGGGAAAGUUAUUAACGCGAUUUCGAGAGGGUAAUAAUAGAUUAUGGUUGAUUGGUACAGCAACUUGUGAGACUUAUUUGAGGUGUCAAGUUUAUCAUUCUACUAUGGAAAAUGAUUGGGAUCUUCAAGCUGUUCCUAUUGCUUCAAGAUCUCCUCAUCCCGGAAUAUUUCCAAGGCUUGGAAAUGAAAGAAUUCUUGGAAAUUCCUUGGAUCCUAUGAAUCCACUGAAGAGCUUUAGCGCCACCCCAGUGCCUGCGUUGCUGAGGCGUUUACCUGAGAAUUCAAAUCCGAGAUUGAGGACGUCGUGUUGUCCCCAGUGCAAGGAGAAGUUUGAACACGAGUUGGCAAAACUUGUAUCCGAGUUUGAGAAUUCAUCUGCUGAAGAAGCUAAAUCAGAAUCUCCUCGACCUCAGUUGCCUCAGUGGUUGCAAAAUGCCAAGCUAAAGAAUGAUACUAAAGUAACUACUCUGUCGCAGAGUAAGGAUCAAGGACUUUUGCAGCAGAAGACUCAAGAACUGCAAAAGAAGUGGAACGAUACAUGCUUGCAACUUCAUCCUAAUUUCCAGCACAAUGUUGGUCAUGAAAGAACAAUGGUAUCACCUGUUCUCUCUAUGCCGGGGUUGUAUAACCCGAACCUGCUUUUGCGUCAACCUUUACAGCCUAAGCUACAACCGAGCAGAACCCUGGGAGUGAGCCUGCAACUGAACACCACCCAAAUGGCUAGCCAACCACCGGAAAAGGCAGCGACUAGUCCUCCACGCAGCCCUGUUAGGACUGACUUGGUUCUAGGGCAAAAACCGAAUGAAACUACCGGUGAGAAAACUUUGGAAGCUCAAGCGAAGGACUUCCUCAGCUGCAUAUCUUCUGUGCCUCAGAACAAGUUACUUGACAAAUUUGCUAGUGCAUUAGAUGCUGAUACCUUUAAAAGGCUUCUCAAGGGUCUAAUGGAAAAAGCGUGGUGGCAGCGAGAUGCAUCCUCUUCUGUAGCUUCCGCUGUGUCAAGGUGCAGAUUGGGGAACGGGAGACAGCGCGGUGGUGCAUCAAAGGGUGACAUAUGGCUGUUAUUCACUGGUCCCGACAGAUUUGCCAAGAGAAAGAUGGCAUCAGUUCUUGCUGAGCAAAUGUGCGGAAACAGUCCUAUAAUGAUAUGCCUUGGUUCACGACGAGAUGAUGAAGAGUCCGAUGUAGGUUUCCGUGGCAAAACAGCUGUAGACCGUAUCGCAGAGGCUGUUAGGAGGAAUCCACUUUCAGUUAUUAUGCUCGAGGAUAUUGAUGAAGCAAAUGUGCUAGUUCGUGGAAACAUAAAACGAGCCAUGGACAGAGGUAGGCUUACCGAUUCACAUGGCCGUGAGAUAAGUCUAGGCAAUGUUAUAUUCAUCCUUACUGGAAAUUGGUCUGCAAUGAGCCCCGAGAGCUACAGCAAUGAGUAUUUGAUGGAAGAAAAGAAACUCGUCUCGCUAGCUAGUUCCAAUUGGCAGUUAAAGUUAACAAUGGGUGAAAAGAGUGCUAAGCGACGAGCGAGUUGGUUGCAUGAUGAAGACAGGCUUACAAGACCUAGAAAAGAAUUGAAUCUAGGACUUGCAUUCGAUCUUAACGAAGCAGCAGAUUUUGAGGAUUAUAGAACUGAUGGAUCUCACAAUUCGAGUGAUCUAACUGUUGAGCACGAAGAAGAACACGGCCUUGAAAACAGGCGAUUCUCAGUUGCAUCAGUUCCUCACGAACUCGUCAGUUCAGUGGACGAUACCAUACAAUUCAAGCCGAUUGAAUAUCCCUUUGCUCGACGUGAGAUCAAGAAAACAAUAAGCACGAAAUUCUCAAUGGUCGUCGAUGACAAGGUCUCAAUCGAAGUGGAAGACGAUAUAGUAGAUCGGAUACUAGGUGGAUUAUUCUGUGGUCGGACAAGCCUAGAACAAUGGGUUGAGAAAGUUUUAGGGCCAAGUUUCGAUCAAAUCCAGCCGCGUCUAUCUUCUUCCGACGAGAACAUUAUCGUUCGACUUCAGCUUGAACUGCAUACAGACUCCAAUGUCCAUAGCAAUGGAGAAUGUCUGCCUAGUAAAGUCACAAUAGUGGAAGAUGGGCAGUAGUGAAAUGGUAUUUUCCUCUAUUCCUCUUGGGUAUAUUUGUAAAUAGGAAAGACUUUGUGGCUGUGGAACAAACAAAACAGGAUAGAAAGGGGGUAAAAAAGCAAAAGAUUUACCACACAAGAGUGAGAUGUUGAUAAAUUAGAGCAAAUCUUGAAAGGUCUCAAGCCCUUUUUUUUAAAAUAUUUUUUUUAAUAUUUUUGUUAUAGUAAAUCUUGUACUAGAUAUUUAUUAUUAUGAGCCAUAAUUAAUAAGAUGGAGGAAUUCCUCCUUUGGAAAUUCUCCAUUUUUCCUCUGUAAGGAUAACUUUGUAUACAUCUCUUCAUUGAAUGGGUCAAAAGACUUGUUAAUGCCA